AUGCCGCUGCCCCAGGGCGCGCUGCUCCUCCUGGGCGUGCUGUUGCUGGUGGCCGGCGGUUUGGUGGCCCUCUGCGCGCCUCUGCCCGUGCUGGGGCUCUUCUUGGGCAUGGGGGGCGUGGGCCUGCUGGUGAGCGGUUUGUGCAUGACCAUGAAGAACCUGCAGGCGGCGGUGCCGGGACAUUUCCUCCUGCACCCGCGUACAGGCACGCGCUUCAGCCCGCAACAGUCCCUGGCCAUACAGAGGAGAUUGGACCGAAUUCGUCGCGAGAUGUCAACAGACUCAGUUGGAGACACGCCGGACCCCGAGCCGGUCCCGGAACCAGCCCCGGAAUUAAUCCUCGAAGCGGUCCUGCCAUCCACGCCUCCCCCCUGGACCAUGGAACCUCCCCCAUCCUAUGAUACGGUGAUGAAGAUUCAAGAUCACAACGAUCGGCUUUAA